UGUAAAUUGAGCCGGGAAAGCUGUGCAGAGAGAGCAAGGCAGGGCUGGGAAGCAUCGAUCAAGUAAUGUAGAAAUAGCUAAAAUUGCUAAACAAAAAAAUGACAGCUGGACAAGGGGAGGGAAUCUUUCAUUCAAGUGCUCUCCUCCUCCUCCUCCUCCUCCUCCUCCUCCUCCUCCUCCUCCCCCUCCUCCUCUUUCUGGACCUGACCCCAGCAGGCAAUCACAAUCUUGCAAAGAAGCUAACCGCACUAGAAGAAAUCUCCGUCGCCAGAAGGAGCCGGUGGCAUUGAAGAACGCAAGGCAAUCUCAAGACAAGUCUUUUUUUAAAAAAAUAAAAAUAAAAAUCCAGUGUUAUAAACCAGAAGCCGGCACAUUCCCGGGACACUUUGGGGAAGAGAUGUCUCUGGUUUAUGGACUAAGAGAAUUCUUUUAAAUUCCAGAGAGAGAGAGAGAGAGAGAGAGAGAGAGAGGAAUAAAUAAAUAAAAUCAAGGUAAGACUUUUGCGGAUUCUUAGCUACGGGACGGUAAUUCUUGGGGUGAGAAGGCAGAAUAAGAAUGGGAUCAAAUUUGGGAGGCUGAAAGGACUGUCAAAAUAAUAAGGGGGAAAGAUCAAAAGUCUCAAAAGGUCCCCUGUAGAUUUAUUGUUGGAAAGGGGUUUAAAUUGAGGAUUUAACAUUUUAUUUAAGAACGUACAGUCCAUCCCUGGCCAGUAAUUACUAUUUUCCAAGCCAGAUAAAUAACUGACGAUAAUAAUAGUUUCGGGGUGAAAAACCUACAUUCCCUUACGUAGAAUAAGCUCCGUGGAAUAUAUAAAAAACAAUUAAUUGUGAACUGACAGGUACAGAAUUAUAGCGUUAGCGUCCAUAACCUCCUGAAGUGAUAUUUGUACGAUUUUUUUCCACCAGAAAAUAUGGAUUGCAAUCUUUCCCCCCCGCCCAGAAAACAAAUUCAACAUAAAAAAUAAAAAUAAAAAAUGGAACUCACGCAUGUCGACGAUUGAAGAAAAGGAGUGGAGAGAAUAUAUUUUUAUUUUAUUUCGCCACCGAUCGGAUUACAAUGACCCAACUUUGCAUAAGACAGGUUAUUUUCAACAAAAGCCAAACCCUUUGCAUUUCUGUGUAAUAAUUAUAAAUCACUGCUUUGAUUACUUAGAGAGAUCUCUUCGGAACAAGUUCGGGAUCCGGAUGCCCCGUGCGAAGAAGACCCAAGAGUUGUUUGCAACCUCGCUCUUCGACAAUCACUGAUUUUUAAAGGAGUCUUUUCCACAAUUAGCCCGGGGACGAGGAUCUAUAAAUGGGCCAAGGGCUAGCAAGCACGGAUUUUUAAAUUUAGGUGGGUUUUUGAGGAAGGACCUGGACAAAAAAUUGGGAGAUUGCAUCGACUGGACCAGGUCCAAUGAGACGUUUACAUCAUGCUGGUCGUUCAUGAAAAUGUUGGAGGGCUGCUUAGGAAGACCAAGUGUCCAGAUUCUGGGAAAUGUUUAAAUAAGAUACCAAUUUUAAGCCCUGGUCACCAAGAUGGACUUGCUUUUGAACACAUCUGACCUCAGCAAUGGAUCUGCGCAGAUCAACCCUGGAGAAUGGAAUAUACUACGCUGGGCCGGUCUGCUCACCCUGAUCGUCAUCAUACCCACCAUCGGAGGGAAUAUCCUCGUCAUACUGGCCGUAUCUUUGGAGAAAAAAUUACAGUAUGCCACCAAUUACUUCCUGAUGUCUUUGGCGGUGGCCGAUCUGCUCGUUGGGCUCUUUGUGAUGCCCAUAGCCCUGCUAACUCUGUUGUUUGAAAAACCCUGGCCGCUUCCAGCCUAUCUCUGCCCCGCCUGGCUGUUCCUCGACGUCCUCUUUUCCACGGCCUCCAUUAUGCACCUCUGCGCCAUCUCCCUGGACCGCUACGUGGCCAUCAAAAAGCCGAUCCAGGCCAGCCAGUACAACUCACGGGCAACCACGCUCAUCAAAAUAUCCGUCGUCUGGCUGAUCUCCAUCGGCAUCGCUAUUCCAAUCCCGAUUCGCGGGAUAGAAGAGAACGGCGUCAACUUCCAAAACUUCACUUGCGUGCUGAAGCCCAGUCGUUUCGGAGACUUCAUCCUGUACGGUUCAAUAGCGGCCUUCUUCGUCCCGCUGGCCAUCAUGGUGGUGAGUUACUUCCUGACAAUCCGGGUUCUGCACAAGAAGGCUUACCUGAUCAACAAGCCGCCUCAACGCCUGACCUGGAGCACCAUCUCCACCGUCUUCCAGCGGGAGACGAUGCCCGGAUCCUCGCCGGAAAAAAUCGCCAUGCUGGACGGCUCCCGUAAGGACAAAUCUUUGCCGAACGGGAACGAAGAGCAGCUGGUCCGCAGGAUGUCCACCGUCGGGAAAAAGUCGGUGCAAUCGAUCACCAACGAACAGCGGGCGUCGAAGGUGCUGGGGAUCGUGUUCUUCCUCUUUCUGGUGAUGUGGUGUCCCUUCUUCAUCACCAACAUCACCUCGGUGUUGUGCGAAUCCUGCAGCGAGGAAUUUAUCCAAAUGCUGAUGGAGAUCUUCGUCUGGAUCGGCUACGUCUCCUCGGGGGUCAAUCCGCUGGUCUACACCCUUUUCAACAAGACGUUCAGGCAAGCCUUUGGCAGGUACAUCACCUGCAAUUACCAGACUUCGGCGGCCGGAACUGCCUCGCGGAAAGCCUCCGCCAGACUCUCGUUCAGAAAUUCGGUGACGGAGAACUCAAAGCUUUUUAUGAUGCACCACGGGAGGCGGAACGGCAUCAAUCCAGUCGGCUACCAAAACCACCGGCUUUGUAGCUCCCCCAUCCAGUCCUCGGCCAUCCUGCUGGACACGUUGCUCCUGACCGAGCACGAAGUGGACAAAACAGAAGAACAAGCCAGCAACGUGUAGCCUGGGGGAAAGCGCACACGGCGCGUGCGAAGCCUGUCAGGAAAUGCCAGUAUGUAUAUAUAUAAAUAUAUAUAUAUAUAUUGUUUUCCUCCGUUAUUUAUAUGAUUCCUAAUUGCAGUUUUAAGAAUUGGCCUUCUCUUGCGCCAGGACCGCCACCGUUUACUCCAGUGUAAGAGGUAAAGCAAGCCUUCCAGCACUGUGGUUUAUAAACAGAGGAGCCUCAAUAAAUAAAUACAGCUAUG